UCUAUGAUUGCCACGGACAGCGGAACGGACGAACAUAUUAUUUACAUCUUCUGCGUUCAUUCUUAAAUUCUUUACAUUUUAUCGACCUCUGGGACUCUCAUCACCGCGAGAAUGACAGACCGAUACAACAUUCACAGUCAACUGGAGCAUCUUCAGUCAAAGUACAUCGGCACAGGACACGCCGACACCAGCAAGUGGGAAUGGCUGGUCAACCAGCACCGAGACUCUUACUGCUCCUACAUGGGACAUUUUGACCUGCUCAACUACUUCUCCGUCGCUGAGAACGAGAGCAAAGCACGUGUCCGCUUCAACCUGAUGGAGAAGAUGCUUCAACCAUGUGGACCACCAGCAGACAAACCUGACGAUGCCUAGAUUACGCUGGAGUGAGCUGUGGGUGUUUUUUUUUUACAGGAUGUUUGUGUAUGAUUCUUUUUUUUGUUGUUGAACAUAACACUUGAUUUUCUGCUAAACAUAUUUAAUGUUAUGCUGUUGUGAAAUUUCUGACCAUAAAAUUAACCUUGUAUAACCCGCCAAGUUGGCAAAAUUGAAUAUAUUGUCCCUUUACACAAUAGAAGAUACCUGGACACAGAUCUUCACAUGCAUCUUGCAUCUGGAUCACUGAUAAACCUUGUUUCUUGUCCCAUACAGCUCUGAAGCUCUCAGGGAAAUUAUCUGAGAAGAUGGAAAAGUGGCAUACUAUCAUCUUGUAUUAAUGGAUGUAGCUGUAUUCUUGAUUAAACUCUGUUUUGUUUUCAUUAAAAUUCAUACGCUACCAAUUAAAA